UUGUACUAAAAAAAAUCAAAUAAGGUUUGGGUCAAAAUCAACUAAGGGAAAGAAAAUAAAAGAAAAAGGAAAAAGAGGAAGAGGUUCACUUCACGUUCAGCUGCCCCCACGGUUUCAACUGCCAUCUUAUCCGGCGACGGCGAACGUCUACGUGCGGCGGCCUGACAUUAGAUCUGUGGGUUGAAUCCACCUGCUGUAAUCGACGAACGACGAACAGUACGCCGGCAACGCCGCUCCUCAGUCGGCCCCCGUUAUUUUUCUGUUUCGAGCUACAGCAGUGAACUCUGGCGGACGUUUCGAUCCUAGCGAUUCAUAGUUUAGAGAUACUCAUAUAUCGUAAGCUUCAGCAACGCUUUCUCAACUGAUCGGUGGCCUUCAAACGACACUCCAGCACUGUGCCGCUCGCGCUCGACCUCUCCCAGCGAACCCGCGGCUUCCAUCGGCGGAGACUCCUUCCGGUAGUGGUAAUCCCCAACGCCCACGGCUCGAUCGACUCUGGAUCUGAUUACCCCACUUCAUUUUGGCGGCAAAUCUGUGAGUUGGAAGGAUUUUGGACACUGUUCAGCAAGAUUAAAAGGCUUUUGAACGAGUUUCGUAGGGACUUCCAAGGGCCCUGUUCUUAAGAAUUAGGGAAUCAUGAUUGGAGUUGGGAAGAUCAAGCAAUAUUCUAAUGUCCUCGAAAGACCUCUCAGCAAGGGAAAACAGGAGGUGAGCUUGAGUGCUUUUGCAUUCUUGUUCUCCGAACUUGUGCAAUACAAUCAGACUCAAGUUGACAAUAUUGCUGAGUUAGAACGAAGGUUGGAAGAUGCGGGCUAUGCAGUUGGUGCUCGAGUAUUGGAACUUUUUUGUCACCGAGAGAAGGGAAAUAGACGGGAGACACGAUUAUUAGGCAUUCUCUCAUUUGUACACAGCACAAUUUGGAAGGUUUUGUUUGGAAAGGUUGCUGACUCACUUGAGAAAGGCACUGAACAUGAAGAUGAGUACAUGAUCAGUGAAAAGGAGCUGCUUGUGAAUAGAUUUAUUUCAAUUCCAAAAGACAUGGGUGCGUUUAACUGCGGAGCUUUUGUUGCUGGCAUAGUCAGAGGUGUGCUGGACAAUGCUGGAUUUCCCGCUGUUGUAACGGCACAUUUUGUUCCGGUGGAGGGCCAACAGCGACCACGGACGACUAUUUUGAUUAAAUUUGCAGAAGAGGUAUUAGCAAGAGAAGCAAGAUUAGGUUGAUAUAUGGUUUGAAGUAAGAAGCUUGGGUAUUGUUCUUAUGCUUUUAGCAUUUUGAUAUUGGAGAAUGGUGAAUUUCUUUUUGGCCAUUGAACAAAUAGAUAAUUUCACCUCAUAUAUCUCUGUUGUGGAGCUGUAAGGAAAUUUGUGCUCUUCGAUUAAUCUGUAUAAUUGAUGGCACCAAUUACUUUGUUGCGAGAAAAAUGAGCUGUGAAACUAUAAGAUUUUGAAGUUGUAUAUGGGCUUCAAAUGGUUUAUUCAGCAUAAAUGUGAACCGAACCAAAUUCAAAACCUCCCAA